CGUGCAGGACAAGGGCAAGGAGAAUCUUUGAAGAGAAGAAUAAUUUUAUAAAGAACAUGAUGCUGAAAUCAGUGCAGACAGUCAACUUUAUUAAAAGCAGUUGUUUUCAUUUUCAAAGGCACCACUUGUCAACAAUCAGACAGCAGAAUGCUUGUGGUAUAUUGAAGAAUCCCAACUCAAGGAGAUAUGCAACCGAUAAAGUUAAAGGCCAUGUCAUUGGAAUUGAUCUUGGUACAACAAAUUCGUGUGUUGCCAUUAUGGAAGGAAAGCAAGCCAAAGUUUUGGAAAAUGCUGAAGGUGCCAGAACUACCCCAUCAGUUGUAGCUUUUUCAAAAGAUGGGGAACGGAUAACAGGAAUGCCUGCUAAACGACAAGCAGUUACUAAUGCAGAAAAUACCUUAUCAGCAACAAAAAGAUUAAUUGGAAGAAGAUUUGAGGACCCAGAAGUACAAAAAGAUAUGAAAAAUGUUGCCUUCAAAAUAGUAAAAGCUACCAAUGGUGAUGCCUGGCUGGAAGCACAAGGGAAGAUGUAUUCACCCAGUCAGAUUGGUGCAUUUGUCCUUACUAAAAUGAGAGAAACUGCAGAAAAUUAUGUGGGACAGCCAGUUAAAAAUGCUGUUGUUACUGUUCCAGCUUAUUUCAAUGAUUCACAAAGACAGGCAACUAAAGAUGCUGGACAAAUUUCUGGUUUAAAUGUAUUACGUGUGAUAAAUGAACCUACAGCUGCAGCUUUAGCCUAUGGAAUGGACAAGUCGGAAGAUAAAUUGAUUGCUGUGUACGAUUUAGGAGGUGGUACUUUUGAUGUAUCUAUAUUAGAAAUCCAGAAAGGAGUAUUUGAAGUAAGGUCAACAAAUGGUGAUACAUUCCUUGGAGGUGAAGAUUUUGAUAAUGCUUUAGUCAACUUUCUUGUUAAAGAAUUCAAAAGAGACCAAGGAAUUGAUAUAACUAAAGACACCAUGGCCUUACAAAGACUAAGAGAAGCUGCUGAAAAAGCUAAAAUAGAAUUGUCUUCAUCAUUACAGACAGAAAUAAAUCUACCCUAUCUUACUAUGGAUGCAUCUGGACCAAAGCAUAUGAAUAUGAAAUUAUCUCGAUCACAGUUUGAAUCUAUUGUUAACGACCUUAUCAAAAGAACAGUUGGUCCAUGUCAGAAAGCCAUACAAGAUGCUGAUAUUAAGAAAAGUGAUAUUCAGGAAGUUAUCCUAGUUGGUGGUAUGACUAGAAUGCCAAAGGUACAGACAACAGUACAAGAAGUAUUUGGAAAAGGACCAAGUAAAUCAGUUAACCCUGAUGAAGCAGUAGCCAUUGGUGCAGCUAUUCAGGGAGGUGUAUUGGCUGGUGAUGUAACUGAUGUAUUAUUAUUAGAUGUAACACCAUUAUCUCUUGGUAUUGAAACAUUAGGUGGUGUUUUCACUAAACUUAUAAACAGAAAUACAACUAUACCAACCAAAAAAUCUCAAAUAUUUUCCACCGCUGCUGAUGGACAAACUCAAGUUGAAAUUAAAGUUCUGCAGGGUGAAAGAGAGAUGGCUUUAGAUAAUAAACUCUUGGGACAGUUUCAAUUGAUUGGUAUUCCUCCUGCACCUCGUGGUGUGCCACAGGUAGAAGUAACUUUUGAUAUUGAUGCUAAUGGUAUAGUCAAUGUUUCAGCUAGAGAUAAGGGAACUGGAAAAGAACAGCAAAUUGUUAUACAGUCGUCCGGAGGUUUAUCGAAAGAUGAAAUUGAAAAUAUGGUUAAGAAUGCAGAAAAAUAUGCAGCUGAAGAUGCAAGACGAAAGGAAAUUGUAGAGGCAGUAAAUUCAGCAGAAAGUAUUGUGCAUGAUACAGAGUCAAAGAUGACAGAAUUUAAAGAUCAGUUACCACAAGAAGAAUGUGAUAAACUUAGAGAAGAAAUAGCCAAAGUAAGAGAAGUUUUAGGAAAUAAAGAAAAUGAAUCACCAGAAAAUAUUAAAACAGCUACAUCAGAAUUACAACAAUCUUCACUUAAAUUAUUUGAGAUGGCUUACAAAAAGAUGGCUGCUGAAAGAGAUGGUUCACAAAAUGCAUCCUCAUCUUCAUCAUCAGAAUCCACAGACUCAUCGUCGUCAUCAUCAUCUUCUUCAGAAACAGACCAACAAGAACAGAAAAAAGAAGAGAAAAACUAAUAAUUUGUGAUAAAAACAUUUAACCAGUUGUGUGAAAUAGUCAAUCAAAUCUUUUUCUUGUUAGCAAUGCAGUAUAAUACUGAAAUAUCAUUAUUAAAUAGGAUGAUUAAAGAAGGAAACAGUUUACAGUUUUCAUAUAUACACGCCACUUUGAAUAUUUAGUGUUAUUUUAUUUUUAAGUAUUGGCUUAUAAUACAAGAAGUUUUCAUAAAAAAAAAAUCUAUUAUGAUAUCAAUUGUAGAGAAUAUUCCAUAUUCAGCAUUUUAUAUUGCAUUGCAAAAGAUUGAAAGAUUUUAGAAUAAGAAGAAUACAGGUGCUAUGUAAAGCUUUAUCUUAAUGGUUUACUUGAAUGUUCUCUACUGAAGGAGAAUUGAUAAAACCAUGUACAGAUUGUGAUAAUAGUACCUGUAUUUAUUGUUGUGUGAAAGUGAUAUUUAUGAACAAUAGUAAUCCUGUACUGGAACAUAGUUAACAUGUUGUACAAAAUUUUCAUCGAUUUACAUCUAGUUUCUAUUCAUAUUUAGUAUUAUUCAUUCGUCUGUUUUAUAACAGAUAACAUUGGGUACUUUUUUCUAUAAUUUCAUCAUGAAGCAUUAAUUAAUGUAUUUAAAGGAAAACUGUGGGUAAUAGCUGUUUACCAGUAAAAUAGAUAUUACCAACGUUUAUGAUAUUUUUGAUUAUUUUUAUGAAGUUAAGCAGUAUAAUUUGAAUUAAAAAUAUAUCCUGCAAGUAGAAAUAUAUAGUUAAUAAUCUUGAAAGAUAUUUUUAUGGUCAAUACCGGUUGAUAAAAAAUAUAUUCUAUUUGAUUUGUUGCAGUUCACUUGUGACUGGGUCUGUUUAAUAUUCAAUUGUGACUUGAAUGCAGUAACAGAUCCGAAAUGUAGAACUAAAAAUGACCAUUGUGUGAUUUUUAUUUUUUAGUUUUUUUGUUUGUUAAUUUUCAUACAAAACUUAAAGAUAGGCUGACAAACCUUCAACAUUUCAAAAACUGACCUUUCAAAAUUCAAGGUUUUAUUUGCUUCUGAAAUAUAAGUACGGGUAUGAAAGCAUAUAGACAUGAGGUGUUUAGUUUGAAACUGCUGCAUGAACUAGCAGAUAACAUAUAAGCUCUCAUGUGUAUGUGAAUUUUAUUAUUAGUUAUUAAUAGGAAAAUUAACUUUAGUUCGGAUCAAAUCCCAAAACACAAAAUUCCCUUAUAAAAAAAACCACCACAACUUAAAUUGUGUGCAUAAAAAAAAAAAAAAUCUUAAAUCAAAGCACUAUAUUCAUUGAAUUUAUAGAAGCUGUAUCAAUGAAUAGAUCAUGUUUCAUUAAAAUAUUUUGAAUUGUAAAUAAUGUUUUAAAGCUGUACAUUCAGAGAUAUAUAAUUAAAUGUCAUGUCAUUUAA